CGCGGCUAGCUAGUUGUUAAAGGUAAGAUGAGCGGCUCUCGGUUGUUCUGCGCCAAAAAACCAACAAGCAAACGCCGCCGCGGCCUCGCAGCUGAUGCAGAAGGAGACACGUUCGCUCGAGAGUCACGCCUCGGCUACGGUGAACCUGACGGAAGAAUUGACACUUAAAAAUCGCCAAAGAUGUCCAUGUCGCGACAGACCGCCCUGCUAGCUAGAGCAAUUGUUAGCGAGACAGCUGCGCAGAAAUGGGCGUUCACUGCUUAACCUGUUCUCAGCUGGGGGUCCGUGCCAGUCUCCGCUCCGGGGGGGUUUGUCGUGUUUGACAGGCACCGAGAUUCGAAACCACAAGCUGCCCCUCGCGCGGUUUCUCUUCGUGUUCGUCGUGGCGGAGCGGUUCUGUUUCGCAGUGAGGCAUGCGGAUGUUGUUAGCUCAGCUCGGGGAACGGCUCAGAAGACUCACACAAUCAUGAACGAGUCUCCGUGGUGAGUGACCUUGAAUACUGCACAAGCUCAAACCAAGGAAAAGGAAUAGACACAACUGUAGAUACAAUCAUAGGCCAGUUUAACUGGAAACAAGUCGGGCUAUGAGCCAGUGCCAGAGAUGAUCAUAAGACGACAUCCCUACAGGCUGCAGCCUAGCUACGCCAACUGAAACCACCACACGGCCGCGUCUCUUGUUUUCAGGAUGUGCUGCUGAGUGGACGCGGCAUCUCACUCCUCUUCCACCUCUCCAAAACGUUAUUAACGUUGAGUGUGAGCCAGCGCACUGUGAAUAAUGGUGACAAAAAAUGGUGCUUGAAUGUGGCGUCCUGGUGCAGUGUGUACCACAAGGGGUGAGGCUCUCUCUGAAAAGUACAACGGCUGACUGAUAGUCCGCUGUCGAUAAUGGAUGCCAAGUUAAAGGAGGACCUGUUCCGGAGGUAUGUGACGGCACUGGAGAGGCGCCUGGAGGAGGGAGGGGACUACAGAGGGAUUGGAACUGCACCAGAGGGGCACAGAAGCCGACACAAGGACAGUGAGGCCCUGCUCUCCACAGCCACUGCUCUGCUAGGCGCCUACCAGCCAGAUCCAGCACAACGUUUCCGCAUGGUGCGUUUCUAUGAGGUGCUGGAGAACUCACUCCGCUGCCAGAGAGGGGGCAACCUGAAGAGCCUGGAGAGAGCCUUCCACACCCUGGAAACCAUCUGCACCAACCUCCUGCUCUUCCCUUGGAAGAAGGAGUUCCGAUGUAUAAAGACCUUCACUGGCCCAUACGUGUACCAUCUGCAGUCAGCCAUCUCCGAAGCCGAACUACGAUCUCUAAUGCGCAUCAUUGGCUAUGCAUGUGACCAUGACUCGAAGUUCCAUUUGCAGGAGCACCCAGGAGGAACAAAUCAUCUGCGCCAGUUGGCAUUUGAGCUUUUCCUGGCCCAAGCAGAGUGUCGUCUUCUGGGAGAGGUAGUGGCUCUGGCCCGUGGUUCAGCCUCAGAGCUGGAGGCCCUGGAACUCCGCAGAGGUUGCAGAGAUGACGCAGCUGGCUGUGCCGAGGCGCUCCGCAGACGUGACAGCCUUGGGGCAGAUAUGGCUCGGCUGUCUGUGCGGCCGAUGGAUAUAGAGAGGCCUCAUGCCCACCACCUGAGGCGAGGUAGCCGACCGUCUAAGUCUGUGGAUGUUACAGAUGGGGCUGGUCACUGGCAUGCAGCAGUUUGCAAGCCUGUCUUAAAAGCCUCAUUGAGUCUGAGGAAGGAGCCUCUGUUUGUGGAUGCAGAGGCGGAUAUGAAGGAUGAGAUCAUCAGGCCCAGCACAUCAGCAUCUCUCUUCUCUGUGGUUGCUCCACCUUCCUAUAGCCCUGUUGCAGAUUUCUUCCCUAUUCAGUCACCUCCCCCGACUGAUGUUUACACAUCCUACCACCUGUCGUCUUUGGAUGAGAUUGACUUGUACACUGAAAGGGGUGGUGCUGGAACAGGAGGAAGGCAGACUCCCUCUCGACCUCCGUCCAGAGAGCCUCGGGAGGCCAGGGAUGGAUGGCUGCUCAAAGCUCAUGGGAGUGUGAAGUGUCAGGGUUGUGGGUUGGGCUGCUCAACUUUGGCUUCCUGCCAGAGGUGUGACACGAUCCUCUGUCCUGCCUGUCAUGACGUGGACCCUUCCCCAUGCUGUGGCCUUCAGGACUACCACCCCAAAUCUCCACGACCCCUUGAUGGAUACAUCCCUGUCAAGGAAAAGCUCUCGGUCUACUCUAAUACUCACUCCCACUCCCAUCUCCACCCGCACCCCCUCACACUGACUCACUCACACUCUCACCCCCAUCCUCACCCCCAGAUGGUGGAAAAACCCCUCAUGUCCACCAAGCUGUUUCCAAGCAAGUCUGUUGCCUUGACGACGCCAAAGGGAGGCAGCAGUGAGCGACUAAGCAUGGGGGGAUCGCGUUGCGGGUUUUGCAACAAGCCAGGUGCGUCACACACCUGUGUGAACUGCUCUAAGGUGUCAUGUGACUCAUGCAUGGGCUUGUAUGCAAAGGAUAUUUGCACACGGAAGAAUCCCCAGCACAGCUUUGUGCCAAACCAUCAGCUCAACUUCAAAUCUGGCACUAUGUCUCACCUGGUGUACCGGUGAAUCAGGAAGAGAGAAUAUUAUCCACCCCCCCCCCACCCCCCAAACCCUAUGGUGUAGUCUUGCACUAUUACUUUAGCUCUGUUACCCCUUAAACAACUCAUUCACUCACUUCCCCCUUUAUCUGAAGGUCUUUUCGCUCUCUCUAACACUCUCUUGAACUCUGUACAUUUCCUCUUGCUGUCAGUAUGACACUGGAAUGCACACGCCACGGAGAGACAGAUCGUGUGCCCAUCUCUCUGCCUUGUUCAAGUUCAGGCCUUUUUAAUCUAUUUCUUCUUCUUAUUCCUUUUACCUUGCUACCUGCUCUUGAGUAGUCAUGUGAUGUUGUAGCGCUUCCCAAAGUCCUCAAAUUUCAUCCUCCUCAAAAGGGAAACUAGAGAAAAGAGAUUAAUUCCUUCUCAUUUUGAAUGAAUUCCGUCCAAAUGAACAUAUUUCCUUUGCCUAACUUCUCAGCUAAGAAUUCCUCUAAUAUAUAAAUAUGAAUAUAUAUAUAUAUAUAUAUAUAUAUAUACAGUAUAUGUGUGCGUGUGUGUGUGUGCGUGCGUGCGUGCGUGUAUGUAGAAAAGACCUCUGAGCUUGCAUUGUGACAAAGGAGAUCUUUUUAAACUUGAAAAAUACAAAGGAAAAACAUACACUGGAAGUCAAUAGUAUAUAUUUUUAAUCUAUUCUCUAGAACAAUGUGAGACUGUUAAAUGGGCAUGAGGUCUGGCAUUGGGAUUUUGGGAUAUAAACUAAUGUUUUUUGGGGUGUUGGAGGGGGGGGGUGUCUCAAAGGGACAUUGAGACAAUGGUCGGAUGCCAUAUAUUCUAUUUAAAGUUUAUGCCUUGUAAAUUUACCCUCAAUUGUUUCUGGUUACAUGACUGACAUUUAAAUGCUGCUGUUGACUUGAGACAUUGAAGAUGUGUGGUGUUGACUUCUUUCUGGUAAAUAGCCUGUUGAGAUGUGUCAUUUUCAAGCCCCUUGCCCUUUCAUUACACUCCUUAAGCCUCCAUGGACCAUGAUGUUGUAGUGCCCUCUUACCCAGAUCGAUGGGUCCCUGUCAGUCUCACGCGAGGUCACGGGAAGUCUCAUGCUGGGCCACAGAUCAGCUGAUUGCGGUUAUUCGAUGGCAUGUGAGCCGAUUGGUUUUAGACAUUAUGAAAGUUUGUUCUCUGUCACGGUUUCUGUCUACCUCAAAUGGCUUCAACAUAAUCACCCAUUGUGGUUUCCAACUAGCCCUAAAAGCCUAAGAAAUACUGAAUUUAUUACACUAUAGUUCUCUAGUCUGCAAUCAGUGUUUUGGCUGAUUAGAAAACAUCUCUCACAAACAACAGAUUUGAUUUUAAACACCUUAAAGGGGCAGUGAGCAAUGUGGAAGAAAGCUUGUCUCUCUCUUUGUUGAUGUUGAGUGUUUUUCUGCACUGAGCCUCGAACACGCAGCCUUGGGUAUGGGAGAUGGACGUGCAGACCACUUGGCCAAAACCCCUGAGUCGAAGUGUCCUUCGCUAGCACAUCUCUUAACGUGUCAGGGAGUGAUGCUUAAAAAAUUGCACAUGCAGUGUUGUGAGGUGUGUCCGCACCAUUUUUUUGUUGUUUCCAAUUUACAUAGCCAGGCCUGCACCGAAGAACCGGCUAAAACUGACUGCUAGCAGACCGUGAGCAAAUAUUUGCAGAUUUUUGUGUCGGAUUAAAAAUCGCUUACUGCCCCUUUCAAUUAUAAUUAUUUAGGUACAAAAGCGCUACUACAAACACUACCUUUUGUGAAGUUCAAUUUGGUUGAGGCCUUCAGAAAGGUGCUGGAGAUCUAUCGUUGUUUCUUAGCCUGUAUUUUGUGUUGGUGUCGGACAAAUACAGCAGGAAAAUCUCUGAAUCUCCUGCUGCGUUCCUCAUAUGUGAAUGGACAUUUUCCGGAGUUCAUGUCCUAAAUUAGUUAUUGUGAUUUCAAGUGUGCAGUCAUUGAAGAUUUGGUGUGAGUUACGACGUGUUAUUUUGCUUGGUUAAUAUCCCGAAAGGCAGCCCCCAUCUGAGGCCUUGAAUUGGGGGCUGAUUUGGUGUAGCUUUGGUUAGCGUGAGUUACCUUAUCAAAUCAAAUCACUGCCAUUUGCUGUGAAAAUUUCAUAAAACUGAAUUAUUAGUAUACUUAAAGGCUUCACAGGUAAACUUACUCAACAUUCUGAUGAAGCUGAUUGUAAUUCUGAUUUAAAGGGAACUUCUAGUGAUGAGGCUUUGUUUCUCCAUGCAAAAGGAUAAUACUGUUAGUCAUAAUAUUUCGAGAAAAGAAAAAACAUUACCAGCUAUUUCCUCCUUCACAAAAGAGGCAAUUAGUCUCUUGCACAAUCUUUUCAAAUUAUCGAUACUUAUGAUAAUAUGGUGUUUAUGUGCCAAAAGAUAUAGUAGUAUUUAAUUAUUUGUGUAACUCCACAGACGCUCCACAUUCCUCAUUUUAACGCAGGUGUCAGGCUGAUCUUCUGAUAUUCCCCCUCUGAAAUGAGACAAACUUAUGAUUCUAUUCAUUCUUGUAAUAUGACUUUUUACCUUAAAAUUAUGACUUUAUUCUCGUAAUAUGACUAUUCUCAAAAUCAAUAUAUUUUUCUUUAAGUGGCCCCAAUACUCCAUCAUAAACAAACACAUUUACUUAAAUUAAUUGACAUCUGAUCUCAUAUCUCUGUUCAUCUCUUCAUCAUGUUAAAAUAACACAAAGAUGGGAUGUUUUGAUGCCACUUGGAUGUAGCUUAAUGAUUCUUUGAAAGAUGCUCUCGGGUCAACAUUAGCUAAGGUGGGCACCGCAAAAAUCUUGAGUGACCUCAGGGGAGGUUUGUUUUCAUCAAGCGAUACACUUCUCAAUUGUUUUUAAUAUUUAUCGCCGAUGCAUUUUAGUUGCUCGACACUGUUCUUUGCGAAUCAUACCAGCAACUAAGACAACUUUCAUACAUGUUGAGCCAUGUUGUAAGAGCGACCGUAUUGCCAAAUGAAGAACAAAUAUCUUAUUGGAGUAGAAAAAAAAGAAUUGUGUGGCUUGCCUGGAUGUACAGUUAAUAUAACAGAAAUCUGUGGCUUUGCUGAAGUUUAGCCUUGUGUCUCUAAAUGUUGGCCUUUUUUGAGAAGCCUAGAAAAGGGAAUAAUCAACACAGAUACCUACCUGCACACCACGGGGACGUGGAUUGGACUCGGAUUAGCCGACUGAUAAUUUGUAUAGGCCACUACAAAGGGCUAAACAGUCUUCAGGGCUGCUGCUAAGUUUGUGGGCACUGUUGUGAUCUUGUGGUGAACAAGUGACUUGUCACAGGUAAAAUAUCUAAUGUGGAACUUUUAUUUCCAUUUACCUGUGGAGAUGCAUUACUGACGUUGGAAGACCUAAAAGAGCUAUUUUUAUUUUGUGUCUUGGAAUACAUUGAGCCAUUUGAACAUGAUUGGUUUUAAACCACGCCGGACUCACUCAAGUCAUUGUGGAAGUCAACACUCCCUUUACCUCUCUGUGUGGUUAUCUUACUGAUGUUAAUAGUGGUGGUUUUAGGCAGCCCCCUUUUACCCUUCCCCAAAUCCCCUCCUUUCUUGGCAUGCAUUGUACAAGGCCCAAACCCAUACCUCUUCCCCCUCAACCAUACAUGUACCCUCACCCAUUGCCGCCCCCCUUCCCCCUUCCACCUUGGCACUGAGGAUCAUUGCACAAUGUCUAUGUGAAGGGGUAUGGACCUCACUAUCAAUAUGUGGGCAUACAUGGGGUUGGAAAGGGAAAAAAAAGCCAAAAUUGUGAAUUGGUGAAUAUAUAUAUAUAUAUAUAGAAAUGUAAAUGAGAUUUUAUAAAAUAAUUUAAAGAAUAAAAUUCUAGAAAAAAACAA